AUGUAUGUAUGGAUCGAGGGCUAUUACGGUUUGGGCGCAGUCCAUGGAAUAACCGGUAUUCUAACCAUCCUGCUCUCAUGUAAGCCUGAAGAGCUUACGGACUAUCUUCCAGUGAUUGGCGGUACUAUCACUGCACUCUGUAAGCUAUCUAAAGCUACUAAUGGCCACCUCCCUAUGGCACUGCCUCCAUAUCCUGGCUCCAGGCAGCGCUCAGAACUAGUCCAGCUGUGCCACGGGAGCCCAGGAUUGUUGGUUCUUCUAGGAGCUGCCUUGAAAAACAAAUCCUUAACAUGCGCCUACUGGGAUCCAAGUUGGGACGAUGCCCUAUACUUGGGCACUGAGCGUGUGUGGGAAGAAGGUCUGCUUUCUAAGGGAGGCAGUUUGUGUCAUGGCGUGGCUGGCAAUGCAUGGGCAUGGCUCCUCCUUCAUGAUUGUUUUGAAUACCACACAGAGAUUCUGAAAGAUGCCCAGACAGCUUAUCUCCAGAGAAAUCAACUAUCAGCACUUCCAAAUUCCGAGAUAAGUCAGGAGCUCACCAGUGACUUCUUCCUCUCGAAGGCACUUGCGUUCAUGUUGCAUGCACGUGAAACUAGGCCAUAUAACACUUCGCCCGCUUCUUCCGAUAAAGAUUAUCGCAUGCCUGAUGAGCCUUACAGUUUGUUUGAAGGUCUGGCUGGCAACCUUUGUGCGUGGGCUGAUACAUGCGGGGUGGUUCAAGCCAGGCUGCGCAAGAUGGAACUUGUUGAGCAGGGUGUAUGCGCUACAUCUGGUUUGUUACAAGAUCCAGUAUUCCGGGAUGUUUUCAACAGGCAGUUGGGCUUUCCAGCCCUGGGUGGGAACGGCGCAACGGGUAUUUUCUAA